CAGGAAUCCUUAACAGAUAACAAAAACUUUUCUUUAAAGCAUGUCAAGGUCCCCCACAACUCUGUAUCACUGAUUGCACGUCACUCCUACGAUACUCUCCUGGCUUAUUCUAAAUUGUGGUUGAAAUUCCCCAGCUUCCAGACAUCAAUGGUUCUACCAAUACAGACCUUUCAACUUUCAAGAAUCUUUUCAAGUAAAAGAUAACCCUGUUCUUUUCCUCAACUCCAAACUCACUAUGGCGUUUCGGCUUCUUAGUCCAUCCACGUUUGGAAAAUUGGUAAGAUCAACUUGCUUACUGAUCUUGCCCUGUAAUCUUCUACCUAAUAUAUGUGAAUAUCUUCUUUCAUACAUGUAAAAAAUUGGUAAGAUCACAUUGUCUGCUCAUCUUGAAAAAUCUUUAUUGCAGAAAAUGGUUUGUUAAUCUCCUUGCCAUCUUACAACUAUUUCUUCAAGUUUAUAAAUAUUCGGUGUUGUAGUUGUUCUUAGAAAAGCAACCGACCAGUUUGUAACUGCUGGAAAAAAAACAACAUCACAUCACGUUUACUAACUAUUUUCGGUGGAGUAGCCAUGGAAGGUUCCAGUCAAAGUGAGGCUCCAAGAAGACUCGAGGGAAAGUAUUUAGGGAUGGCAUGUUGUUGGGCUCUUGGACUUGCAACACUUGUCGCAUGGAACUGCAUGCUGACAAUCGAAGAUUACUACUAUAAAUUGUUCCCGAAAUACCAUCCUGCGAGGCUGCUCACUCUCAUUUACAUGCCAUUUGCUGUUGUAUCUAUGGCUUUACUGACAUAUUAUGAGUCCAAGAUCGAUACUCGAAAGCGCAACCUAUCUGGCCUCGUACUUUUCUUUUUGAGUUCGUUGUUGCUUCUACUUUUGGAUUUAGCUUCAUCAGGUAAAGGUGGAAUUGGAAAUUUCAUUGGUAUAGGUGCAAUUGCAGGUUCUUUCGGAGUUGCAGAUGCCCUCCUUCAAGGUGGGAUGGUUGGAGACCUAUUUUUUAUGUGCCCUGAAUUCCUUCAGUCCUACCUUGCUGGUAUAGCUGCAUCAGGUUUUCUAAUCUCUGCUCUGAGACUACUAACAAAAGCAGCAUUUGAAAAAUUCCCUAAUGGUCUUCGCAAAGGAGUUAUACUAUUUUUAGUGAUCUCCAUUUUCUUUGAGUUUCUAUGCAUUCUGGUAUAUGCAUUUCUCUUCCCCAAACUGCCAAUAGUGAAGUACUACCGCCUGAAGGCAUCCACUGAAGGAUCAAACACUGUCUCAGCUGACCUUGCAGCUGGUGGCAUACACAUAAACCAAGAGGAUGAAAAUGAAGCGAAACGCCAUGAGAGGUUGAGCAACAAGGAAUUAUUCUUUGAGAACAUAGACUAUGCAGUUGACCUAAUUCUUAUAUUUGUGCUGACAUUAUCAAUAGUUCCUGGCUUUAUAUAUGAAGAUACUGGAUCACACCAGUUACAUUCAUGGUAUGCACUUGUUCUGAUUACAAUGUUCAAUGCAUGCGAUCUGAUAUCAAGAUACAUUCCUCUUGUGGAAUUCCUGAAGCUGAAGUCCAGAAAGGGCCUUAUGAUCGCAGUACUCUCUCGUUUUCUUCUCAUUCCAGCAUUUUACUUCACGGCAAAGUACAGUGAUCAGGGAUGGAUGAUCCUCCUAAUUUCCUUCUUGGGAUUAACCAAUGGCUAUCUCACAGUCUGUGUUAUUACAGAAGCACCCAAAGGUUACAAGGGACCUGAACAAAAUGCCUUGGGUAAUUUGCUGGUGCUAUGUGUAUUAUGUGGUGUUUUUGCAGGGGUAGCCCUUGAUUGGUUGUGGCUUUAGGUAAAAAGGAGUUCUAAAGUUUCAUGUCUAUACAUUCUCAGGAACUCUAAACAGGCAAACAGCCAAUUCUGUAAUCAUAUGUUACAACUACAUUACAUAAUUCCAUCCAUUACUUGGCUGUUAUUAAAGCUCAA